AUGAAGUCUUUCCUCUACAUUCUUGCUGCCCUACUUCCGCUUGCUUCGCAAAUGGCAACGGCAAGCCCCGUGGCGGAUGCCGAAGGUUUUUCCCUCGAAGAUAGAGGAAAUGGCGGAGGUGGGGACCGCCAUGAUCGCCCUGACAAUAAUUGCAAGGUGAAGCAAAGCUAUCCUUAUCACAAAUACCCCUGUGAUUCCAGCGGCAUUGUUGGAAUGUCGAACGUGGGUGACAAUUUUGCACCCGUCUGCAAGUACCAGUAA